GGACGGGAGGGGUCCGGCCUGGCCUGGCGGGGUGGAGGGUGAAGGGUUAAAAGCUCCGCGCGCAGGCGCUGCCCUCUGAACUGGAACGGAAAACAACUUCCGGCCGACACAUUCGGCCGGGCGCCGCCGCUCCGGGGUGUGAGAGACAGGCGCGGAAACCCUGAACUGAUUGGUUAACUAUCACUUGGCAGAAUAAUACUGGUUACCAAAGACAGCAGGCUUAAGAUAUUUUAUAUAUGAAAAAAGAAAAAUAAGUUCAUUCAAGAGGAUGGAGGCUGGGAGGAAUUAGAGUAUCCCUUCAGAAGAUUCAGCAUCCAGGUAGAGGAGUUGCACAAAGGAAUACAGAAGAAAUGAAAUUGCCCCCCAAAAUAAUUGAAGAACAUUUCCUAGAAGUGAAGGAUGAACUUCAGACCUGUCAUUUACUCCAUCCUUUAUAGUGAUGCUACAGAACAGAGAGGAAUGGAUAAAAAUAUUGGUGAGCAACUCAAUAAAGCUUAUGAAGCCUUUCGACAGGCAUGUAUGGAUAGAGAUUCUGCAGUGAAAGAACUACAACAAAAGCAGACUGAGAACUAUGAGCAGAGAAUACGUGAGCAACAGGAACAGCUGUCACUUCAACAAACUAUUAUUGACAAGCUAAAAUCACAGUUAUUUCUUGUGAAUUCCAGUCAAGAUAACAGUUUUGGCAAUGUUCCGCUGCUUGAAGACAGUGAAGCAAGGAAGAAUAAUUUGACUCUUGAGCAGCCACAUGAUAAAGUAAAAUCAGGAAUACCAAGAGAAAAAGAAUUAAAGGUAAGAAGACAAGAGGUUUCUUCUCCUAGAAAAGAAACUUCACCAAGGAGUCUUGGCAUUCCUUUAUUCCAUGAAAGGGCUAAUAUAGAGAAGACUUUCCAGGAUCUAAAAGAAGAAUUUCAUAGAUUAUGCAUGCUAGCAAAAGCACAAAAAGACCACUUAAGCAAACUUAAUGUACCAGCCACUGCAACUGAUGCACAGUGCUCUCUCCCUAUACAGUGUACGGAUAAAACAGAUAAACAAGAAGCACUGUUUAAGCCUCAGGCUAAAGAUGAUAUAAAUAGAGGUGCACCAUGCGUCACAUCUGUCACACCAAGAGGACUGGGCCGAGAUGAGGAAGAUAGCUCUUUCGAAUCACUUUCUAAAUUCAAUGUCAAGUUUCCACCUACAGACAAUGACUCUACUUUUUUACAUAGUACUCCAGAAAGACCCAAUAUCCUUGGUCCUGUCACAUCUGGGGCAGUGUGCCAGGAUAAAUUUAAUAUGGAGUUCAGAGACAACCCGGGAAACUUUGUUAAAACAGAAGAAACUUUAUUUGAAAUUCAGGGAAUUGACCCCAUAACAUCAGCUAUACAAAACCUUAAAACAACUGACAAAACAAAACCCUCCAAUCUUGUAAACACGUGUAUCAGGACAACUCUGGAUAGAGCUCCGUGUUUGCCACCUGGAAACCAUAAUGCAUUAUAUGUAAAUACAUUACCACUUCAGGACCCGUCUGAUGCACCUUUUGCUUCACUUGAUUCCCCGGGAAAAGCUAUCCGAGGACCACAGCAGCCCAUUUGGAAGCCCUUUCCUAAUCAAGACAGUGACUUAUCAUCGGUACUAAGUGGCACAGGCUCAGAACUGCAUAUACCUCGAGUGUGUGAAUUCUGUCAAGCGGUUUUCCCACCAUCCAUUACAUCCAGGGGGGAUUUCCUCCGGCAUCUUAAUUCACAUUUUAAUGGGGAGACUUAAGUUGCAGUUGAAAACAGCUCUGUGUGAUGAUUCUAGGUGAUCAUCAAGUUCUGUGUGAUGAUCUUGGGUUUGUAAUACUAUAAAUAAUUGAUUGCAAACUUAGUUCGAGAUUGUUUAUUGAAAAAUAGCUGGGUCAAGAUUGUUUAUUGAAAAAUAGCUGGGUCACAGCUAUUUGAGUUUUUCCCUAAACUUGCAUUGUAACUUUUCUUUUAUCAUCUUUUAAAAGAUCAUUCUGUACGAAACUAAUUCAUUGUAUUCAUGUUUACAGUGUUUCUUACCGUAAUUUAUAUUUGUUUCAAAUAUCUAAGCUUAUUGCUUGGAUUUCUAGUUUGAUCUGUUGAAUUUGGUGAUGUCAAAUGUUUAUAGGGUUUUUCCACCUAAAAAUUAGAUUAUUUAUGCUAUAGGUGAUUUUUUAAAAAAAUAAACCUAUAAUACAGAAUAGCAGACAACAUAAAUGUCUAAGUAAAUACCCAACCUAAGUUGCCAAGUGAUAAAAUCACUGGUAGAUUUAAACACUUUAGAUUGUUUUGUUAAUAAUAUACAUAGUUUAAAUUUUACUGUUUAUAGCUACAUGAUGAAAUGAGUUAAAUAUUUAAAAAAUUACUUGUGUUGUGAUCAUUAAAUGUGUUCUUUGUUCCUGAGUGAAAAAAAUAAAGGAAUAAAUCACA